GCGGGGACGCGCGUGGAGGGGUGGUGGUGGGUGGGCGUGGAGUGGACGCCGUGUGCUGCUGGGGAUGCUUUUGCCGCUGCCGCGCACAUUCAUGUGCACGCUGCGUGGGGCGGGGAACGUGUUCGGAUUGCGUGGAUUUUACCAGAGGAGUUUGGACUAGGAGCGUACAUUUCUUGUUUUUUUGUGUGUAUUUUGCUUUUUUUGUAAUGAAGUGCAGCAAAGCAUGCACGUGAACGCAUCACCGCUUUUGUUCCGGAGCUUGAGUCCAAUCUAGAACUGGGACACCUGCAAGCUUUUUUUUUUUUUUUUUUAAACAAGUGAUGGGAGAAAAGUUUGGACUCUCGCAGAGGAGACGCAGAACCCCCCACCACCGCCCCAUCCCCGUGAUGACUUGAGGCAAAGCAGCGGCUGCCUUGUGGACCACAGCGAGAACAUACUCAUCCCUGAAGGAUCUGGACCAGACAGAACCGCAGAGACCGAACCUCCGCCGAAGCAGCCCGGUUGUGGAAAUUACGAUGAAGGGGAGGAAGUGUGCCACGGAGGUGCUGGUUCUGACCGUGCUGUCCUGGGUGUGCGUGUGGGCCGAGGAGAAGAUCAUAUUUGACAGACACUCCGUCUACUGGAACAGCUCCAAUCCCAAGUUCUGGCACGGGGAGUACCGGGUGGCAGUGAACAUCAACGACUACCUGGACAUCUACUGCCCCUACUACGAGGGGCCUCCCAACCACGGCCGCAUGGAGCGCUACAUCCUCUUCAUGGUCAACCACGAGGGCUACACUUCCUGCCAGCACCGCCUGCGGGGCUUCAAGCGCUGGGAGUGCAACCGCCCCAGCGGCGCCGACGGGCCCCUGCGCUUCUCCGAGAAGUUCCAGCUCUUCACGCCAUUCUCGCUGGGCUUCGAGUUCAGGCCCGGACACGAGUACUACUACAUCUCGUCUCCUCAUCCAAACCAUGUGGGGCGGGCAUGUCUAAAGCUGAAGGUGUAUGUCAGACCUCCCGAUGGCUCAGGAUACGAUUCCCCAGAGCCCUUCUUGACCGACGGAUGUUCGAGCUGGAGGCCGGAUUCCCUGGUCCUGGUAGCCGCUCUGGCCUGGCUGCUGCUGGGACUCUUCUCCUGGCUGUGACCCCCCACUGUCUUCCUUGGAGUUACUGCCCCGGGAUGCUGGGCUGGGGUGAGCUGGGUCUGGGCUGGGCUGGGCCAGGCUGGCUGUCCCUCUAACUUCACCACCCCCCUCAGGGAAGCCCUUUUUGACUCUCCUUCCCCCUUCCUUACCACUCCCCCACUAUUUACAACGCGACCACCAGCCACCACCACUGCCAGCCGCCCGGCCCACCCUCCAUGGCCCAACCACGGACACCCUUCCCGAGCCUGGCCUCCCCAAGUCUACAGGGUGGACCGGAUAUGUUGCACUCUGGGAAACGUCCUUUCACUGGUAUCAGGAUCCCCUUUUUUGACGUGACUAUAGACUCUUGGCCAGGGAUGGGGUACAUGUAUCCAAGGGUAUGAUUACACUUGUCAUCAUAUGAUCAGAGCAUUCGGAGGCCAAUCUGGGUGAUUUUCUACUCUCAAAGCCUGAAAUGUUGAAUACAAUCUAGUCAAAUCCCAGACCACACGAUCACAUGAUGACAACUUUAACUAUAGCCCCCUUGGAGGUCAGGGUGGGUUCCGGGUGGGCCUGGCAAGGUGUAUAUUUUCAGGUGGGAUGUGUUCUUGUCUCGUUUGUGUUUCUAAACAAAGCAUUUAUCACCGCCUGCUCUCAGGACAGGCGCCGUCUGCACUUGUCUUAUUAGUCCCGACGGGUUGGGUGACUUCUGGAACCAUGACUUUACUCCUGUAUGAAUGUACCACUGGUCACCCACCUCUUUUGUCUUUGUGUCCUUGUUACAACUGUGGUCACUUCUCUCGGACUGGGGUUCUGGGGAGCGGUUUCUGGGUAAUGUGGGGUUGGGGACGGGGGGCGGUUUAUGGAGGUUCAACUACGGUAAAGGCGAGGAGAAGACGAGGUGGCGACACUCCAAGUUGCAUGACCACUGUGAAACCCUCAGAACAGCCGUGUUUGUAUUGAUGAUCUAUUUUUUCAUGGGGAGAACCAGAACCACCCUGCUGCCACUCUCGCUCUUCCCGGAGACUAUUCAGACAGCGGAAGGGAGGAUUCCUGCUCUCUCCUAGUCCCACUUAUUCAAGAACAUUGUGGACACAUUGGACACGCUGGGUGGAUUUGACUAGGAAAAUGUCCCCCAGAGACUGAAGUGGACCACAAGGAACGUUAACGCUGACUGGAACUGGUCUUUUGGGGGCAUUCAACCAGUCUACAGGGAAGCGCAUGGACUGUGGCGUGUGUGGUAUCACCACAAACACAUGCACACACACAAACAUACACACACACACACACACACACAUCAAUGGACUGGACUGAAGACAGAACGUGUCACUGACGGAAUUUUGCUGGGAAGCAAACAAAGUGAGCGAGCACUGUGAACACAUAAGACACACACAUGCAGAUAAACUGACAUCGGCCUGUUUUCACAAGGAUUUAGUAGGAUCUCGUACAAAGACUACACUUACUGUAUGUUAGUAGAGAAAUAUUACUUUUUUUGGAUUACUUUUAAAAAUAGUGCUUUUUUUAUGGAUUCACUUAUGAAAACAAGCAUUAGCCUGUUUCCACCAGAGGUUAGUAGAAUUUAGAAUUCAGUACGAAAAGUACACAGAACAGUACAAUGCAAAAUGUGGCAUUUUUUAUAAAUCUUUUUUUUUGGAGUUUUUUUGGAGUUUACUAGUAAAACGUAAAUCUUUUUUUUUUCUAAUGAAUUACCGGUACUUAAAAAAAAAAAAAAAAACAUUUUGGAGUUUACUAGUAAAACUAUUGCUUUUAUGACAUCUAUUCAUCUAUAUAAAAAAAAAAAGAUUAAAAAUGGACUUGCUUUCACAAGGAUUUAGUAGGAUUUCAUGCAAAAAGUACACUUUAAUUACUGGAAAAAUUGACAUUUUGGGGGGUUACUAGUAAAACCUUUUUUAAUGACUUUACAUGUGGAGACAGACAUACCAGACACAUUUUCAGAAGACCAAAAGUAUACUUAAAUUAGUCAAAAUAUUUAAUUUACAUUAAAUUAUUGUUUUUUUCUAACACAUUUAUGAAUGAAAACAUAUUUAAAAACUACACUUAAAUUAGUAGAACAUUUAAAAUUUGGUAAAGCUGUAGUUUUUUCUAAUUAAUUAAUUUAUGAAGGCUUGUUUUCACAAUAAUUUAAUAGGAUUUCAUAUAAUAGCUACUGAAAUAAAAAAAAAAGUGUACAUUUUUGGGUUGUUGUAAAAUUAUAAUGUCAUUGUAACAUUUUUAAAUGAAUAGACUUCCUGAAAAUUAUGAAAACUGGCCUGUUUUCACAAGUAUUUAGUAGUAUUCCAUUCAAAAAGUAUGCUUAAAUUAGUGUAAACUGUGACAUUUUGGGCGUUUUCUUGUAAAUUAUAUUUUUUUUCAUACAGAUUAAAUUAUGGAAAAAAACAUUGACUUGUUAUCCCCAAACUUUAGUAGGAUUCAUACAAAAAGGAGACUUAAAUUUGUAGAAAAAUGUACAUUUUAGCCUUUUGCCUUGUAAAACUUAAUGAAUUAAUGUCAUUCAAAUAGUAGUAACUCAGGGGUGUCCAAACAUUUUCCAGCGAGGUAAAAAAUGAAAGGAUGCAACUUUGCCACAUCCAUAUUUUGCAAAGCAACGCAUGUAGCUAUGCUAACAAGUUAGAUAUAUUUCAAGAAAAAAAUGCAUCUCAGCUUUGUCAUAUAGGUGAAAAAGUCUAUUAUUAAUAUCAACUUCACUCUUUGCCCUUUUUUUACCCAUUUUUCCCGUUGUUUUUUUUCCAAAUAUUGAAACUUUCUUCUUCUGUAAUAUUAUGCCUUUAUUUCCAUAAUAUUUUGACUUUAUUUCCAUACUAUUACAACUUUUUGUUUCUCAUAAUUUUACAACUUUAAAGAUUUUUUUCUUCUUUAAUAUUUCAACUUCAUGCUUCUAAAAUGUUGUUAUUUUUUCUCAUAAUAUUACAACGUUAUCCUCGUGACAUUUUUUCUUGUUAGAUUAAAAUGUUUUUCAUGCAAUAUUUUAAUUUAUUUUUGUAAAAUUACAGCUAUUUUUUCCAUUUGUGCUGUUUGGGGGUUUUUUUAGGUAUCGUGUUAAAUUAUAAGAAAAAUGUGCCACGAACCGCAAAUGGCCCACGGGCCACACUUUGGACACCCCUGACCUAACUGCUUUGAAAUGUUAGCAAAAUAUUGUAUUUUUGUGGGAAAAAAAUAACUGGAGUUUCACGCGGGUGCGGCCACACUCGCUUCUUCUACUUUUGUACAAUUUACUACUAAAUUCUUGUGACAUGUAAAGAAAAACACCCAGCAAUACAUGGCAUGCACAUACACACACACACACACACACACACACACACACACACACACACAAACAAGGGGAAGCACCUCCUUCCCUGUUUCCUCGUAUUUUUGUAGCAUUUAAAAAUCACUGUCGUGUGGGAUGCAGUGAUGGGUGGGGGCGGGGGCGGUGUAGCCUGUGGAAGAUUAAAACAAACAAAAAAAAGCCGUGUCUUCUUCUAUUCCACUGAUUCCCGUCGUUCUUCUUUGGUUUAUGAUGAUCGCUAGUGGUGUAGGUAGGAUGCCUCCGAGCCUGCGCGCCAACAUGUACGACUUUGUCUACUCUUUUGGUUGUUUGUUUGUGCUGUUCUUUUUUGGGUUUUUUUGUGGCCGAUUGAGAGUAAACACAGAAAGGAGAAACACACAAAUAAAGAUUGUCUUUUUGUCUACUUGGAAAUGGAAUCCAGUGGGAUUUAUUGCAGUGUGGGUGCACGUGUUGAUUAGAAUGGAUCCCCCCCCUCUUUCAGUGUGAUGUCUUUAUUUUUGCAUCGACCUGUGACGUCAGCGUUUUGGGACAGAGAGCGCUGGCAGUCAAAAAGCGUGAAAUUAUUCCGAUGAAAUCAAGCCUGUCCAACCCUCGUGUCUUCCUCCCACGGCGAUGUGACAGCUCAUCUGGCUGAAGACACGCUCACAAGCAUGCUGCACCCUCUGGCUUGCAUCAGGUACUUGAAAUCACGCUGGAGGUGCAUGUCUGCUCAUUUGACUUCACUUCACUCUUUGCUGCGCUACGUUGACUUCAACGGCAUCAUUUCUACUUGUGGACCAAUCGCAACCUUCCAGGCUUGGGUUGCCAUGGCUACCUUGUAUCAUCUACAGGAUCUUCCGUCUCAGGGGUGGCCAAGCUGCGGCCUGCGGUCAGCUGGGGUAGGCUCCCGCAACCCUAGUGAGGACAAGCGGCAUAGAAAAUGAAUGAAUGUCACAUUUUUGCUUGAUUGCGAAAUAUGUUGAGGUCGCCAGGGAAGUAAGCAAGGAGGACUACCCAGCAUGCCUUGCGGCACAAGUUACGUUUAGCGCUUAGGUGUUGUUUAUCACUCACGUAGUAGCAGUUGAUUUAUGUGAUGUGUUACUGUAACUUGCUCGGGAUGUUCUGUUUCCUUCCGUUGCACCGUGAGUACGUAUGUUGUUCAAAACGUUUGCCCACCCCCUUUGUUCGCUCAGAUGGACCCUUUUGAUCUGUUCAGGUUUUGAAGCAAUAAGUGCCGAAACCUGUUCCAGGUUCAAGUUGUCGGAAAUCAGACCUAAAAAGAAGUUAGCCACUGUUAAUCUGAAGCCGCAAAACAUGAAAAUAAUUUGUUUUAACAACAAAGUCGAUUUAUGUUGCAGAUGCGCCUCACACAUUUGACUUAUUGACAACACUAAUUGCUGCACAAGUGUAAAAGGAAGUUAACCACUGUAAAAAUGGCUCGCCACAUGAUUCUGAAUAGUUCACAAAGGGUCAAAGAAUAUUUGCUUCAACUUUUAGUCGUUUUUUACAAGUGUUCAGUUUAGACUUUAUGACUCUUAGUUUUUUUGGUGGUCGCGGGGGAAGCAGUCUCAGUUGGGAAGCCCAGACUUCCAGGUCCCCGGCCACCUCCUCCAGUUCCACCGGGAGGAUACCAAGGCGUUCCCAGGCCAGCUGCGAGACAUAAUCCCUCCAGCGUGUCCUAGGAGAAGUCCUCCUUUUCCCGGCUGGGCAUGCCUGGAACACCUCACCAGGGAGGUGACCGGGUGGCAUCCGGACUAGAUGCCGGAGCCACCUCAACUGGCUCCUCUCGAUGUGAAGGAGCAGUGUUAUUUCAUGUCUACAGGGUUCUGAUCAUGUCAAAGUGUGUAUGUAGAAAGUCAUAAAC